AAAUACGGUAUAAGUAAAUGUUUAAAUGCUGUUAUAGUUCAUUAAAAAUAAUUUAGUUUAUAAUGUAAUUGAGACAUCACUAUGUAGUGAUUUUGUUACAUCAUAUACAUAUGAGUCAGAAGAUACAUGAUCUUAAGGAAAUUCCUCCAAAUCCGGUGCUCCAAUUACAAAAAAAAAAAAAAAAGGAGAAGAAAAGAAGAAAAUCUUUAGCUGACUUAGUGUGAUUCACCCAUGGAAUCAGGAAAAUGAAUUAGGACAAUUGGAAACCUUAGCAAAACAAGAGACAACUGCUCAUCUCUAUGAAGAAUUUUUGAAUUUUUUGAACCGACAUUUUGAAGUUAAAAGACAGACACAAUCUGUCAGUGGAAAAGAAUGGAGGAAAUCAACAUAAUGAAGAAGAUACAGGACACAUCAUCUCCUUCUGAUGGCCUGAAGUGAAGAAAGUAAAGUGAAAUAUAACCAAGAUGAAUAAAGAAGAACAGAAAAGGCCUUUAGACAUCUUUAUAACCAUAUUUAAUUCCUUUGCCCUAAACCCAGAUUUCACGUCGCUUUUUCACUGAAGCACUGUGUCAGAAUGAAAGAGAGAGACACAGUCCACACGAGCAAAUGCAUCAUUCUUUGUUUCUUAAAUGGUUACAUUUCUGGUACUAAUUAGGAGGUUCAAUGGAACAAAAGUUCAAUUAGUUUAAUAGGAAACAUAUAUAUUGAAAUAUAACUUAUAGUUUAAGAACUCACGGAGUCCACUCACAAUUUGUCAUACAGAUUUUAAUCUAAAUCUGUAUCCACUAAACUAAAACCAAGAAUUGUAUUCUUUUUACUAAUUAUGUGUUUGGUAUGACUUCAUUUGGUGGACUUAUUUUGUGCCCUUGUAUGAACUCUCAACAUCCACUGACGAAAAGGAGGCCUCCUCUCCUCCUUCAUUUGGACAGCUGCAUGUGGGACUUGUAUUGCGCACUCGUCAAAAUGAGACAUGAUGGAUUAAAGACCCAAAAAGUGUAUGGCAAAUCAAAGAGUGGUGUAUCUAUCAGUCACAGUCGAGAUGGAUAUGGCCAGAACAUUACCUGUGUCCUCUCAGGGGACGAAAAUAUGACACAAAUCAAUUGGGAGAUGCUAAGAGGCCCGAAUCGCACCAAACUGGGCACGUUUCACCCACAUUUUGGAAUUUACGUAAUGCAAGAAUAUAAGCCUAAAGUGAAGAUCCAGAACAAACGGACUCCUUAUCCAUCAUCAUCCCUUCUCAUUAAAGUAGUAUCAAAUGAGAGCGUGCAAAUCUGUUGUGCGUUCAUAACAUUUCCUUCGGGUAAACUUGAGCAGUGCACUGAUAUCAGUAAGAAAGAUGUCAGUAUCAACACGUCUAUGAUAAAAGGUAAAACUUACACAUGUAGUCCUAUACAUACCUUGCCAUUCCUUUGGGACUCACUUGGUGAUUUUUUUUUUUUUUUAGAUUUUACAUAUGUGGAACAAGAACCAAGGCUGGGAUUAUUUGGACGGUUGGGUGCAAUGAUCAUUGGAACUAUUCUUUCCCUUUUUAUCCUGACCAUCCUAUUCUACUUAUGCAGAAAAAACAGCUGUAGAAGGAGGAAGUCCUUUGAAAUACGAACAUACUUGACAGACUUACCGACUGAGACAUUUGCUGAAGAAUCAGUUGAUGUACCAACUUCUCAAAGUUCUCCAAAUGGCUUUGACCCCUCAAAACUUUAUGCCAAGAUCAAAAAAGACCUUUUCUAUGGCCGGCUGUGGAAGUCUUACCAAGGCCAACCCAAAUCAUGGACACAAGGUACCAUGACUGAUCAAGGACAUGUUUAUCACUUAUUAUUACCGCAGAGAAAUGUGGAGGGCAGCCCUUUGAGGCCAGAUACAACAGAAUGAUUACAUUUCAGUAGUUUAUAGUUUCCAGUCUUUCCAGUGCGAUUGAGAGGAAUCUCGUCAUUUUUGUGUAAUGUAAAAUAGCUUAAAGCAGAUUGCAAUGCAUUAUGUAAAGAAAAGAAUGAAUUAAUAGUUUGAACUAAUAUUAAAAGAAAUUAAUUCAUAUUUUGUUUUCAGGUUAAGAUAAAUGUUUCUAACACUGAAUAAACUUAUAAAUAAACGUUUAUGUGAGAAUCUAACAGACAUGCAAGUCUCAAGUCUUUUGUCAUGAGUCAAGUCUUUCAAAGCCAAAUCUCAAAUAAUG